AUGUGGCAGCAUUCUACGGACGAUGAUGAUUGUAAGGAUGAAGAAACUGGUAGCAUGGCGAGUAGUAUAUUUAAUAUCCUCAAUACUAUAAUUGGUGCUGGGAUUAUCGGGAUACCUUAUUCCUUCCGACUCGCUGGUUUAGGGUUAGGGAUUAUCAUCUUAACUUUGGUAGCCAUAAUAAGCGAUUAUGGCCUCAUCAUGCUAAUCAAAGCCGGAACGAUAACCGAUGAGAAUUCCUAUCGUGGGGUAAUGACCGCCGCAUUUGGAAAGCCAGGCCAUGUUAUAGCACUUUUGACACAAUUUUUGUAUCCGUUUAUUGCUUUAAUGGGCUAUUGCGUGGUCGUUGGCGAUAUUUUUACCAAAGUAUUUCGACUUUUCGGAGACGAUGGAAAUUUACUAACAAAUCGGCAGUUUGUUAUUUCUGCUGCAAUGUUACUCAUUAUGGGGCCAUUAUGCUACAUGAAAAAAAUAUCUAAACUUGGAUGGGUAAAAUUAAUUCGAUUUGAAUUUUCAUUUUAUAUUAUCGUUCUAUGUGUUUAUAGGUAUCUUGAAAGUCAAUCCAUACAGUUUGCUGCGCCAAAAGUACCCCAGGCCUUAGCCAUCAUGCAAUUUACAUUCGUUUGCCACUACAAUAUUUUCAUUGUGUAUCGCUUCAUGAAAAAAAAAAGUGAAGAGAGAAUUUCUAGGGCAUGUCAUACCGCUGUUGGAAUUUCUUACCUGCUCUGCUUAGUCUUGGGCAUCGCAGGCUAUUUAACGUUUUUAGAUGCAACUCAAGCCGAUAUUCUGCAAAACUACUGCGUUCAUGAUGUGCUCGUUAAUGUGGCUCGAAUUUGCUAUGGAAUUUCUGUGAUGACUAUUUAUCCUCUCGAUUGCUUCGCUUGUCGAGAAGUAUCUUUAUUCCCAGACAGACCAAAGUCUACUCUACGUCGGGUAGUAAUCACAACCUGCGUCAUUUUGGGAAGUUUACCUGUACCACUCAUUACCAGUUGCUUAGGGACAGUUUUGGAAUUGAAUGGAAGUCUAACAGCAGCUCCAAUAGGUUUCAUUUUUCCAGCCGCUUGCUAUCUGAAAAUAGCGAAAGGUUCUCUGAUAUCGCCAUCAAAGUUAGCUGCUGGAUUUAUUGUAGUCUUAGGAACCUUUGCAUCUUUCUUGGGUACAAUUUACGCCAUUAUUGGAGCUAAAGGAUGUGGCCAUCAUGUAUUAAAUCCAUGGUGCAAUGAAACUAUGUUUUCUAAUGACAGCUAUAUCACGAUACUGAAUAAUACAUUAAAGUAA